GCUGGUCUGCAGCGAGGGGCUCAUGAUCUGGAGUUUGAGUCACAAGAGCCACAUCUGCACAGGAUUGCACUGAAGGAGUUUUCUUUUUUUAAGGGGCUUUCCAGCAAAUGAGUAUCUAAAACUGCUGGACUUCAUUUCUGGACUGUCAUCAUUAGGAAUAAUGUUGUGUCUGCAGGAAUCGGGCGACUGUCUGCGGGACCAAAUGCGCUACAUGAUGCGCUCCCUGCAGGAUCUGAAGCAUUUGCGGCGGAGCUGUGUGGCGCCCCCUGUUGGACCCCCAGUCAGACUGCGUGCCUGCAAGCAGCUGAUCGCACAGCGAGAACGGCGGGCCCGUUUGAGGAUCAGCGACGCCAGCGAGGCCAGCAGUUACGACUCGGCCUGCUGUCUGUCCAGCUCUCUGGAGGAAGAAGAGUCUGCGAGCGACCCAUCAGCGGUUAGCUCCCCGAGCAGCGAGCGCAGUCUGGAGUUUGAUUCGGGAUACUCUGAGGCUUCCUGGCAGGAUGAAGGAGUCGUGUUACGACGCACUAAAAACAUUCGUGUAUCCUCCACUGCAUGUCUCCGCACUAACCAGCUCUCAAACACUCGAGUGCGUCCUAAAUCCACCUCCGAUGCUUGCCUGGAAAGUUGGACGUCGUUCGAGACUGCAAGUGACCCCGAGGACUGGACUACAUCACUGCUCACCCGCGGGCGAAACCGGCAGCCGCUUGUUCUGGGAGACAACAGCUUUGCAGAUCUCAUUCACAACUGGAUGGACUUGCCAGAAUGUCCAGAACAGACUGAACUAAAGCACAGUUCUGGACGCAGUUUUGCAAAAGACUUCUUGGUAAACGUCAAACGGAGGAUAGCCGGGUUUUCCAGGAGUGCCGACGGACGAAGAAAGUCAUCAGAUGUCACGAAGUUGAGCAAAUCCAUUGUGCCCACCAAACGACUCUCGUGCCAAAUUGAUGUACAGCACAAAAUGCCGUUCUUCUAUAAAUCUCACACGGGUCUGAAUGAACUGGACACAGAUUACUACCAGUUUUCGGCACUCAUGAAGUCUGGAAGUAGAACACCCAUUGUCUGUAAUGACAUUAUUGGAUACAUAUGACUUCAGUUGGGUCAUUAAAGACUGAAUGGACACAAUCUCCACACUGUAAACAAAUAUCUGUGAAUUGACAGUUUUUUGUAUUUUGUGAUUCAUGUUUUUUUCACUUAUUUAGGUUUUUGAAUUGCAUUAUGGGAGCUUGAUCUUUCCUCCAAAAGCUUUUGAUGUAGAAACAUUGGCAUUUUUUAAUAGUUUGAAGCAGGGUUGGGUCGAUCGCAGAUGGCCGAUAGACAUCACGAUGCUGAGCCGGGAUCGCGAUCCUCCACCCUCAACACAGCAGCAACCUGCUCACGAAAAAUACACACCUAGGCCCCGUUUACAUUAAUACAUCUUAGUUUUAAAAUGGCAUUUUAGAACGAAAACAAUCCAAAUCCACAGUGGUGUUUCACAUAGCUCUUCUGAAAAGAUCUCCAUCCACACUAUACUGCUGAAAACGCACAUCACGUGACCACACACACUCUGGCAUGCGCUGCAGCAUAAACACACAUCUGAGCUCCAGGCAGUCAGAGGGUGCUUUGAGCAUAAAACCCCAAGAGCAGUGCAUGUCGGACAGUUUAUCAAGGAUGUACCGCUGGAUCGUGUCUCACUAUAGUUGUUAAACCUGAUAUUUAAUUCAUCUUGUCUCUAUCUGACGUUUUUUUUUUAUCUAUCAGGUAACAUGUCACAGUGUCAGUACACUGCUUCAAUCUUUUGCUUUUGCUUUACUUAGUAAUUUUAGCGAAAACCUCAGAUGCUGUCGGUUGGUUCAAGUUGGUUAUGCACCUUUUUUACUAACCAAGUUUGUCGACGCCAUUAUAACAUCACAGAUCACUCUGCCUAUUCAUGCCAGAGUCCCACGGAAAAAGUGAUUGACAGGUGGUAAUUUGUGUGUAAUUUAUCUUUAUUAAUUUAUGAUUUGGUUGUGCGUAAAACAAAGACCAUGCGGGUCAGAUAGUUGAAACGGUAGGUUACAAAUAAUAAAUUCGUUAUAAAGGAAUGAAUUAUUCAUAAAUAAUUAAUUCACCACCGCAUACGACGACGAUGCCAUUGUCCAUUACAAUGUUUCACAUUAGACAUCGUACAAUGCCAAACUGGUCGACAUCACCCAAGCCUAGUUUGAAGUGUUAUAUCAUCUGGGUUGGUGUUAUAAAAUACGGUCCAAAAGCCUGGUAAUAAGCUGCCAGUACAUUUUCUGUUAUAUAACAAAUUUAGUUCUAUAUAUUAUUUCUUAAAAAAUAUCUUGUCUCAAACAGCUGAAAUGUCAAUAAAAGUCACUCUGUAAAAACUGUAGAGUUGAAUUUUCAACAUCAAAAGUCGACUGAGUAGAGAUCAACAUCCCAUAAUGCAAUUCACAACCGUAAAUAAACAGAAAACACCUGUGAGUCACAAAAUGUGGAAUGUGGUUAUUUACCAGAUAUUUAUUACAGCGCUGGAGAGACUAAUUAUUUUUUUCAUAAGAAGAUCUGAUUGUGAUACUCUGUAAAAUGCACAAAAAUAAAAUGUUAAAAAUACAA